AUGAUUAAACUUUAUCAAAUUAAAUCAGUAGAACAAGCUAUACUACCACAAGAUAUGGUUCGAUUUAUUCGCAGUCAAGAUGAAGAUGGACGUAUACCAAUGUUUCAAGAACAAUCUACUUCAUCAUGGUCAUUACUAGAUUGGAUUAAAAAAUUCAAUAUACUAAACAACAAUAAUAAUAAUAUUAACAACAAUAUUUUUAAUCAUGAUUUCAUUCAUGAAAGUAUACUUUUACGUAUACAUAUUAUAGUACAACCUGAAUAUGCACAUUUCGAAGCUACUGUUAAAGUGAAUAUAACACAACAUUCAUUGAAUAAUUUUCAUGUAAUGGAUAUAAGUCGAAUUGAUCUCUAUGAACAACAUAAUUGGUGUUUAUCGGAUAAUGAGUGGGCAGAAACUAAACAAUAUUGUAUAUGUCAAAAAUACACUUAA